UGUAAAAGUGUAAACAAGUCUGCAGCUUCCUCAGUGUCGCGAACAUCAGUAUUAACUUCACGUGGGUGGCGCGUUGUGUUCUAUUAUAGUUAUUUUUCUUUUCUUUUUCGAGUAUAUAUUCUACCACGAUUAUCCGACUCACUUAUUAGUUACGCUGUCUUGCAUUAAUUGUUUGGAAGUCAUGGCUGCAGUCCGCCAUUAAACAAGAACAAGAAGUAAUUGUUUGCCGUUUGCGGCUAUUAUGGUGCCUUCCUUGCUGAGCCUGUGCGCCAAGGAGGUGGUGAGCGACCACAGUUUGUCGCCCCUGUGGCUCCGAUGGGUUCCCAGGGAGCUUUACGGACCGCUGCUGGAGGCGUCCUUCGCGGGGUGCAGGCCGCUGGCGGUGAGCGAGCUGGUGCUGAAAUGGCCCGAACGCAGACUGCGUGUCGGCGGACGGAGGAAAAGAGGACAGCCGCCUCCGAGUCGCCUCUGUGUCCAAGCUCUUCUGCUUGCAGUUGUCAGAGGACUUUCCGAUCAAAGAUGCGCACUGCGUGUUCUGGACCUCUGCGGGCUGCAAGGAGAAGAGGGUCCAAUGGUGGACUCCAUGGGGGGUUGGUCCCUGACUGUAGCGCUGUGCACUAUGAUUGUUCAGGCCAGUGCUGGAGCACACAGGAGAGAUGGAGAGAGGAAGAGGUUCUCUUCUCUCCACAGAGACAAGGACGUGAAAAGAGAUAGGGGGCAACAUAAGAAGGCCAAGGAAGCAAAUGAUGAUGAUGAGGUGCUCUUGAGCUGCGUAGACGGGGGACCAUCCAGAGAGGUUCUGGAGGAAGAGAACAUGGUGCAGGGUGUGAGGAGGAGGAUGGAGAUGGAGAGAACACUGAUAGCUGCACCAAGCAGCAGAAAGGAUGGAGAGGAGAAUGACACUUGUGUGCAUGUCAGAGCGGAUAUUUUUGUCAACGCCCGCUCUUGGGAACGUGUGUGCGUGGCCCUGAGCACCCCGGGACCCCUCAAGCUGCAGUGCAGGUACCUCAGAGUGGAGGAGAUUUCUGUGUCCAGCAUCAGGACCCUGCUAGACCUCCUUCCUCACGAGGGCCUGCUGGGCAUCGAUGUGCGCUACAGUAACCUUGGCGUGAUGGGCCUGGCUCAGCUGCUGCCUCUGCUCGCCGCCUUCCCCGAUUUGAAGUCCCUCCGUCUGCACUACUGCAAUCUGGACCUGCGCCGGGACCAGCCAGGCCAACAGGAGGCACUCAGAGACCUCUCUCAGGGUUUGGCACAGCUGCAGCAAUUGCGACGCCUCAGCCUGACGGCGCUGCGCUUACCUGGUCAACUUCGUGUGCUGCUCAGUUCACUGCCGCAACCUCUGGAGGUGCUGGAGCUGCCCUAUUUGAGCCUGAGACCGGCCGACCUGUCCUACCUGUCCUGCAGCCAUCACGCGUCCUCCCUGCAGCAGCUGGACCUGAGUGAAAACCGUCUGGACGCAAACACGCUGCCCUCCGUGCGCCGCCUCCUUUCGCAGGCGUCGGGCACGUUGCGCCACCUCUCUCUGAGCGGCUGCGGCCUGAAUGACGACCUACUGGGCCUGCUUCUGCCUUCGCUGGGGUGCUGCUUGUCCCUCAAAAGCCUGGCUCUCGCUCUCAACCCGCUCUCCAUGGCCGGCCUUCAGGAAGCGGUGAGGACAGCGGCGAGGAUGCCCUCCCUGCGCCAGCUGUUAUAUCCAAACCCCCUGGAGGACUACCAGCCGGGCCUUCCUGAGCUGCCCUCCAGUGCUCAGCUCCUGGACUGGCCUCUGGAUGAGUCCGUAGACGUCAGCAUCACCGGCAGCUGCCUCAACGAAGUGCUGCAAGACUGUGGACGCUCAGACCUUUUGCUGACCUGUGACCUCCUCAACUAUGACAAAGACUUGGUGGAUUAGAGCGCUGGCCAUGAACACUACCAACAUCAUAUUUGUGUUCAAUGUACUCAUACGUUUUUCACUGUAAAUCCAAUUUCAACUUGUUUUUCACGAGUCACACAAUAAAGAGGCUGCAAUUAAACUCUCAAGGAUCCUUUUUAUGACCUACAGUCAAACCUGUCUUAGCGCCACCUGUAUAUAACGGCCACCUGCCUAUAGCGGCCACU